UUUUUUUUUGAGAAACUUUAUAAUUAAAGUAAAAGACUAGCAUAGUGCAGUUGACGUGGACAUCGUUUAAAAAAGAAAAAUAAAAUAAUUUCGUUAUCAUUUAUUAGUUAUUAUAAUCAUUCUAUUUCGUUUUUAUCGUUUUAUUAAAUAAAUAAAAAAAAAACUUUGUAUAUUUUUUACUUUUAAAAUACUUUUUCCUCUUUCCUUCCCCUCUUUUUUUUUUUUAUGUAUUUAAUUAUUUUUUCUUAUUCAUUUUCCUAUUCAUUUUCUAUAACAAUUCGUUCGAUUUAUCUAAUUUUUGGAUUGAUAUUGAAUCAUUUGAACAUGACGCGCCAUAAUACGUCACAUACAGAAAAGUAUAAUACUAGUAUGGGUAAUCACAGACAGGAGAAAGAUUUUAUCGAACGAAAUAAACAAACUGUUCAAUCUACAUCUAAAUCAACUUUUUCAAAAAGACCAAGAGAGGAUUCUCCUUCUUCUCAAAACAGUCGUCAAUCAUCUUCCACAAAAACUGAUAAAAAGAAAAACCAUGGUGUUCCUUCUUCAUCAACACAUUCUAAUUAUUCUCGUUCUUCUGAAAUCGCGUUACGUGAAGAAGUUAAGAAAUUGAAAAGGAUCUUAUUAGAACGUGAUGAUUGGUUAAGAGAAAAAGAAGCUGAACUAUUAGAUGCUGAAGAUAUUGUUGAUGCUCUACAAGAACGUGUUCGUGAUGUUGAAGCUCGUAACCGUGAAUUACAAAGAGAGAAUGAAAUCAUGAGAAAUUAUAUAGAAGAAGAAAAUGCAAAAAAAACAUCUCCUGCCAAUGAAUUCAAUAUAUAUAUUAGUUCUAUGAUGAACGAAAUUCGUGGUGAACCUGCUUCUUUGGAACGCGUACAAGAAGUUGAAGAUCAUUUGCAAAAAGAAAAUGAAUUCACGAAUUAUACAGAGGAAAGGAAUGGAAGAAAUUAGGAUUAUUCAAAUACCCUCUCUGGAAAAUUGAUGAUGGAGAUCUGAAUUUAUGAGUCGACGGGGUUUUUUUUUGGGAUGUUUUUUAUUUAUAUUGUUUUUUUUUUUUACUUGGGAGGAUUUUUUUUGGGGGUGUGUAAAAUACACUUGGAAUAUUUUGUAUAAUUAUUAUUAUUUACGG